AUGUAUUUGAAAUAUGAUUUAACUUGUCAUGUUGCUUUCCUAUACUGUUUGUUUACCUGCAGGCUAUCCCCAAACGUCUGGAGACUAGUGUUCUUUACAAUACUGGUGAUCCUGCUUUACGCUGGAGUCGUGACAUCGUACUUAUGGAUAUGGAAAACGCCUAGUAAUGCCUCUUUCAGAGAACAGGAGAUUCGUAUCCAUUUUUAUAAUCGUCCACCAUGGACUACGAAAGACACCUUUAAAUAUUGCUCACAUAAAUGUUCGAUCUCAUUUGGACGAAAUUAUCAGAACUAUUCCACAAGUCAAUUUGUUAUAUUUGAUGGAACAACAAACCUUCCUAGACGACCUCCGAAGAAGUUAGUAGGUCAAACCUGGAUAUAUCAUUCCUUGGAACCCCCAUCUCGACAACCUGGUUAUGAUAACUGGGAUCGCAGAAUAAACUGGACAUUUUCAUACAGAAGAGAUGCCGAUUUUACUCAUACGUAUGGUACAAUAUUGUGUAAGGACGUCUACGACACAGGGAAAAAUCCAGCCAGUAAAUGGAUGCUAAAAACCCUUGGUAAUGCUUGGUUUGUAUCGCAUCAAAACGCAGCGAGCAGGCGAGACCAAUACGCCAGGAGCUUGCGUCAAACGGUCAACGUUGACAUUUACUCAAGAUACGGAUCAGGAAAGCGAUGCCCUUCAAGGACAAUCAAAGAUUGUAAUGCAUUAUUGAGUGAGAAAUAUAAUUUUUAUCUAGCGUUUGAGAAUGAUCUAUGCCGUGAUUACGUCACCGAAAAAUGUUAUAACAUUUAUUCGUCAGAAGCUGACGUCAUUCCUGUCGUCAGAGGAGCCCCGAACUAUUCUGUGUUUCUUCCUCCGCAUUCGUGCUUAGAUACCACAAAGUUCAAAAAUAUUUCAAGUUUAGCUACAUUUCAGUUACAGCUAAUGAAAAAUCAAACUGCAUUCGAAAGUUAUUUUCAUUGGAGAAGAUAUUUCCAUUUUGAACCGACAGGUGAUCGCGCCUUUUGUCAACUUUGCGCCAUGGCUCAUGCAAUUCCGCUCCGACGCAGGUUGUAUGAUAGUCUGAAGAAAUGGGUACAUGGUGGUAAGGAUGUUCGCAUAUGUCGUAAGGCUUCCGAUAUCAAAUAAGGUGUUUAAGCUGCAUGGUUUGAUUCCAUGUGUCUUGUCAUUCAUUUUGAUAAAUGAAUGAGUUUAAGAACACGUCUAAGAAGUGAAAGUUCUGAACUGGUUUCACCAUCAAGAAAAAAUGGACACAUGACAUACAGGAUGACGAAAGACUUGGAUCCCAUUAGCAGUGCUAAACUUAAGGGUGUACAAUAGUCAGAUAGCAUAUAAAAAACUAGUAUAAAAUCGUAAAAUAUAAAUUUUAUCUUUUUCAAACUAGAUAUGUUCACAGCGACACAGGAAACAAUGAAGUUUGAACUAUUACUUUCAAUGCUGUUGGGUGUAUUGAAAGGUGUACAUGUGACCCAUGUAAUUAAAAUUUAAAAAGUCCUGCCUGGAGAAUUUAUGAUAAAGAAUCGUGAAUGAAAUCAACGCCUUGCCGCAAAUAUUUUUUCCUCUUUUUUGUUAGUAAAGGCUUUCCAAUCUAGGUUACACAUUUUUGUGAAAUUUUUUAAUAAAAAUUCUUAAAAUUAA